CGUACCACCAAACCACUUCUGACCUAGUCUACGCACUGAUUGGACAAAAAAAACAUGUAGGAGCAAUUAGUCCACAUCUGUUUCGAUAUAUAAGCAUAGCCAGGUUAGAGAAGGAAAGAUGGAUCAUAGGAAAACCAGAAAAGGAGGCAGAACCAUACACAGAAAUGGCUGGAGCCUGCUUCCUGCUAAUCUUUGCAUCCACCCUGCUGCUAGCAAGCAUCAAGAGCAGCACGGCGUCCAGGAUGGCGAAGCCUGGAUGCAGAGAAACAUGCGGCAACCUCACCAUCCCAUACCCCUUCGGCAUCGGUCCAGGUUGCUUCAGGGAUAUGUUGGAUGUUUCAUGCGUGAACAACACUCUUUACAGGCAUAACUCAACGAUCAGCAAGAUGAAGAUCUACAGCAUCGAUCUGCUAGGAGGGCAGUCCCGAGUCAACACCUUCAUCGCCUCCAAUUGCUUCUACAACAAAACUAACUUCAACACAGAUGGAUGGGCCUCGUUGAAUACUGGUGAGUUUUAUACAGUAUCAACCAAGGCGAACAAAUUAACAGCUGUUGGAUGCAACACCCUUGCAUUCCUGGGAGGCUUUAACGAGCACACUGUCGGAGCUGGGUGUUUCUCGAUGUGCGCGGACAAGCAAAGUGUGGAUCCUAGUGGGCAGUGCUCUGGCAUGGGCUGUUGCCAGACAUCUAUUGCGUCAAACCUCUUUCGCUCCAACAUAACUUUUGAUCUGAGAUUCAACAACUCUGAGGUGAAUAGCUUCAACCCUUGCAGCUACGCUUUUGUUGCCGAGCUGGAUUGGUUCAAGUUCAAGCCUUAUUAUCUUGAAGAUGAUAAGUUCAGAAAGGAGUUCAGGGAUGGGGUCCCUACUGUGCUUGACUGGGUUGCUGGAUAUGAAAACUGUAACGAAGCGGUGAAGAACAGAUCGUCGUAUGCCUGCGUUAGCAAAAAUAGCCAGUGCAUCAACUCGCCAAAUGCUACAGGAUAUCUCUGCACCUGCAACAAUGGUUUUGCAGGCAACCCUUACCUGGAAGAAGGAUGCCAAGAUAUCGACGAGUGCAGUUUUCCAGAUCAGUAUCCUUGCCAUGGAAUCUGCAGUAAUCUGAUUGGGAACUACAAUUGUUUGUGCAAAUCUGGGACUCGCAGUACAGAUCCAAAGAAAGUAACCUGCAAUCCAAUUGGAGUGUCAGAAAGAGCUAAAUUAAUGAAAGUCUCUAUAGGUAUUUCAGCAUGUGCUAUACUUCUCCUUAUCUGCAUUUCGGCACUGCUGAUGGAAUGUCAGAAGAGAAAGCUCAUAAAAGAAAAGAAGACCUUCUUCCAACAAAAUGGCGGUCUGCUAUUAUAUGAGCGAAUCAUGUCAAAACAUGUUGAUACUGUUAGAAUAUUCACAAGAGAAGAACUAGAGAAUGCAACGAACAAUUUUGAUUCAAGCAGAGAACUAGGAAGAGGUGGCCAUGGAACAGUUUACAAGGGAAUUCUCAAAGAUAACAGAGAGGUAGCAAUAAAGCGCUCAAAGAUUAUGAACGUGGCUGAGAAAGAUGAAUUUGUGCAAGAGAUGAUUAUACUUUCACAGAUAAACCACAGGAAUGUGGUAAAGCUCCUAGGUUGUUGCUUAGAAGUGGAGGUUCCAAUGUUGGUCUACGAAUGCAUCCCAAACGGCACCCUAUUCGAGCUGAUGCAUGGCAAAAACAGAAGACCGUUCAUUUCAUUGGAUGCUCGUCUCAGGAUAGCUCAGGAAUCUGCAGAAGCACUAGCAUAUCUGCACUCAUCAGCAUCCCCACCCAUAAUUCACGGAGACGUCAAAUCUCCGAACAUUCUGCUUGGCGACAACUACACAGCAAAAGUGACUGACUUUGGAGCAUCAAGAAUGCUUGCUACGGACGAAAUACAAUUUAUGACAUUGGUGCAGGGAACUAUAGGUUAUCUGGACCCUGAAUACUUACAAGAACGUCAACUAACAGAGAAGAGUGAUGUAUACAGUUUUGGAGUUGUGCUCCUAGAGCUCAUUACGAGGAAGUUUGCAAUUUACUCCGACGGUGCUGGAGAAAAGAAAAACCUCGCAUCAUCAUUCCUUCUGGCAAUGAAAGAGAACAGCCUUCAAUCCAUACUAGACCAGCAUAUAUUGGAAUUUGACGCGGAGCUGCUCCAAGAAGUCGCUCAGCUGGCAAAGUGCUGCUUGAGUAUGAGAGGGGAAGAACGGCCACUGAUGACGGAAGUCGCCGAGAGGUUGAGAACAAUACGAAGCAGGUGGAGAGAACAGUUGAUGCAGAAUCCUAUCAACGAGACCGAAUGUUUGCUUGAGAACUCGUCGUCGAAUUACGACAUUUCUAGCACGGGACAGCACGGAAGUCUGAUGGCGCUCGAUUUAGAGAGUGGUAGAUGAUCGAUUGCUUAUGAUAUCACAAACUGUAGCAGAGAUUGAAUUCAUUGUUCCCCUGGCAUAAAUAUCAUGUAAAAAAACAGUGUGUCGUUUCUGUUUAAUGGCUGUCACUUCCUGACAUAAUUAUCAUGUAAACCUCUAUGUACCAUGAUUUGAAGUAUAUAUUGUAGUAUGUCAGCAACUAGUAAAGAGCAGCAAA